CACACCUAAUGCCAUUCACACAUUCCGUUCGCUGGGAGUCCAGGCACUGUCAGCAUCAUCAGCAGCUCUCCCUGCGCCCUGCAUGCGCCCCGAGCGCGCCCCUCUAGCAGAGAGCAGAAAUGAGUUAAGAGGACGGAGGCUCGCCACGCUUCUCCCACCCGCGCAUUCACCGAAUCCAAGUCACAGCGGUGUGUUGAAGUGACCAGUCUGCCUGUGAGUUUUUUGACCCCGUCAUAUUAAACGCGUUGCGGUCGCUGGAGUGGACCUACAGUGCGGAGCGCACACCGCUGGAGAUACCGCUGUGAGAGAGAGGAGCGCGCUCUGAGGAGGUUGGAUGUUUUGUUCCCCAGAUUGUUCGCGAGUUUGAAUUUGUGAGCGAAAUUUUUUCUACAACAACAAAAACAACAAAAAUCUUAUUUAUUUUUUUCAAAUGCCGCCCAGUCUGCACGCCCAGCUGAGCCCAACUUUACAGUCCUAUCAGGGGAUUUUGCGGAGACUAAUUCCAACCAGUCACGGACUCCAGUACUUGCAGAAUCAGCGGAACUCGUCAGCAGUGCAGGGAGAAUGAGGAGUCACCGGGGCCGGGGGAAACAGCAUGAGUGGCCCGUGCAUCUCCAUUAGACUGACGGCCCUCAUGUUUCUAUGGAAGUGGUUAUCACUAAGCCUGCUCCAGAGCUGGUUGGUAGCAGGGGCCAGUGCUGCGGACCCUGCCGGGUCAGGCUUCAGCGGCUCCACUGGGCCCCUGGGCUGGCUCCUUUCGGACAAAGGUCCUUUUCACAACUCGCAGGAGUUUGUUGAUUUCACAGAGCGCUACCAGCAGGGAUUCACCACCAAGUACAAGAUAUACAGGGAGUUUGGCCGAUGGAAGGUGAACAGCUUGGCCCUGGAGAGACAAGAGAACAAUGGCUUUUCCUUGCCUCUGGACCCCGAGUUCCUCCAGACCAUUAGGCAGCUGGGCAGGAGGCCCAGUCUUAGCGCCAUCACAGACAACAUUAUCAGGAAAUACGGGACCCACUUCCUGCUCUCUGCUACACUGGGAGGGGAAGAGUCAUUAAUGAUAUUUGUGGACAAGCGAAAGUUGAGUCGAACAUCAGAAGCGAGUGAAUCAAAUGGCACAGCUGUGACGCUGGAAGCUCUGCACCAGCUGGCCGCCUCCUACUUCAUUGACAGGGAGAGCACCCUGCACAAGCUGCACCACAUCCAGAUCGCCUCCACCGCCAUCAAGGUGACCGAAACAAGGACGGGUCCUCUUGGAUGCAGUAACUAUGACAACCUCGACUCUGUCAGCUCCGUUUUGGUUCAGAGCCCUGAAAACAAGAUUCAUUUGCAAGGCCUCCAGGCCAUUCUGCCAGAGUAUCUGAGGGCCAGGUUUGUGCAAGCAGCUCUUAGCUACAUUGGCUGUAAUGAGGAGGGCCAGUUUGUGUGCCGAAACAACGACUGCUGGUGCCAGUGUGCCGUCGACUAUCCACAGUGUAAUUGCCCCGAGGUGGAACUGAGGGCUAUGGAAGCUAGUUUGCUGCAAAUCCGAGAUUCCUGGAACAUGGCUAACCAAGAAUUUGAAGAGUCAGAUGAGUUCCAGAACUUUGUUCGAAGGCUUCCUACCUUCUAUGCUCUGAACGCAUCGGCCAUUCAAUAUUUCUGGAAAACGGAGCCAACCAUUCUCCAGCGCUACAAACAGCUGGAGCUCAGCACCCAGCAGCUCCUGAGCAAAGCACGACGCAUUAUCAACAAGCUCUUCACCCUCAGCAAAAGGUGUCAAACUCAGCCCAAAAUUAUUAUGCUGAGAGAGAGGCCCUUUAGCUACUGGCUGAACUACAUCCUCUCCAUCAUGUACUGCAGCGAAAACAAUCACAUCGGCUCUUACCUGGAGGAAACCCGGAGCUGCUCCUGCCCUUAUGAGCAUCCUCCCUGCCAGGGCUUGAUCCCAUGCACAGUGGGGGAGGGCACCUCCUGUGCGUCGUGCUCCUAUGAGAAUCGCUCCCGCUGCGCCACCUGCAACCAGGGUUACAUGCUGAGCCAGGGGGUGUGCCGCAACGAAGUGCCAGAUUCCACUGACCACUACAUAGGCUUUGAGACUGACCUGCAGGACAUGGAGCUGCGCUAUCUUCUCCAGAAACGUGACAACCGCAUCAGCAUUCACGGCAUCUUCGUAAGCAACGACGUCAGGCUGAAUAAUUGGUUUGACCCAUCGUGGAGGAAGAGAAUGCUGCUGACACUGAAAAGUAACAAAUACAAGUCAAACCAUGUCCACAUGCUCCUGGGGAUGUCUCUACAGAUCUGCCUUACCAAGAACAUCACUCUGGACCCCAUGUUGUCUGUUUAUAUCAAUCCGUUUGGCGGGAGCCACUCAGAGAGCUGGAUCAUGCCCAUUGAGCAGAAGAACUAUCCAGACUGGGAGAGGACUAAAUUAGACCUUCCUUAUGACUGUUAUAAUUGGACUCUGACUUUAGGCAACAAGUGGAAAACAUUUUUUGAGACAGUGCAUUUUUAUCUACGGAGCCGGAUCAGGGGCACCUCAAGUAACGGGAAUGGAACUGUAUAUUAUGAACCCUUGGAGUACCUGGAAUCGGGACGGAAUCUAGGCUACAUGAAGAUCAACAGCAUCCAGGUGUACGGCUAUAGUAUGCACUUUGACCCGGAAGCGAUCCAGGACUUGAUUUUACAGCUGGACUACCCAUAUACUCAGGGAUCGCAGGACUCAGCCCUGCUGCAGCUGCUGGAGAUCCGGGAUCGGGUCAACAGGCUUUCCCCACCAGGAGCUCAGCCCCUGGACCUGUUCUCCUGUCUGCUGCGGCACCGACUCAAACUGUCCACUACAGAUGUUGCCAGGAUCCAGGCAGCGUUGCAGACUUUCAGUGCCAAGCAGCCAAAUUCGAUGGAAUAUGAAACAACCAAAUUAUGUAGCUAAGAAGUGGGCAGGUGGCCAGGCGCACAGAUGGAAGAGCAGUCACCACACAACUCUGACGAUAGUAAAGAGCAAUUCUGGAGCAGUGCAACGGACAUUUGGGGGACAUGUUAUUUGUUGUCAUGGGUCUCAAGAGUGCAUUUGAGAUUCUUAUGUCAGCUUUUGGUAUAAAUUUGUAUUACGUCUUAGAAAUAAGGAGGAUUUCACCAUACUUGCCUCAUUGUUGGAUUUUUUUUUCUCUCCUGAUGAAAACAAUAACUUUAAUAGUUAUUAAUAUGAAUUUCAAUAUUUGCCAUCACUGAUAUUUUGCCAGCGUGCUGAUGUUUGUAGAUUGCACAAAUCUGAAUUGCUCACAUACGUAAACAAAAGGCUUUUGCUGAUAAAAUAUUACCCAAGCAAUGUAGUCACCUCACUCAUUUCAUUUCAACACCAGCAUGUUCCUCGCUACAUUUGCUUUCUAAAAAAAAAAAGCCCAACAUAAGUAAUUGUUUUAAUAUCACAGUCCGCCUUCUUUGGCUGGAAAAUUAUGGGCACCGUGUUCUUUUUGCUUUUCAUAUCAUGAUAAAAUCACUCAUUUUUUUAAGCUCUACUUCACAUUUUUGUAAGAAAAUAGUCAUUGCCAUAAACGAAGUGAAUAAAUAAAUGCUGUAUUACUCCGGACUUGCUGACAAACAAUGUAUCAUGUUCACAAUAUAUGUUACAUGUGCUCUUAUUUUUAUAAUGCUGUCGUUUGUGAAGCAAAAGUUACAAAAACACUGUCUAUAAAAUGUAUAAUACGAUUUGUUAAUACACUAAAUAAAAUACAUUUUUAUGUGUGGUC